CCGAAGUGUGGGGCCUUGCACUCACCGCAGCUCGCGGGCUCUCCCUGGCCCUGCCUCGACCUCCCUCCGUGAAGCCGCACUCGCGAGCCCACCCGCGUCCUUGGCUCCGGGCUACUUUUCUCCCUGGGACUUCUCACCCGGCUCACGGCCUCUUGCAUCUCCUGGAGUCCGAGCCCCGCGCUGGCGCGGGAGGGCGGUGGUCCAGGGCGGCCCUGGCUCUUUGGCUCUCUGGGUGGUGGUCCCGGUGCCCUAGUGUGGGGCUUGGUGACUAGCUGAGGCCCCAUGCCUCUCAGGACCCCUGCAGUCCACUGCUGUCCGUGCUGUCCUGCCUUGUCGGGGGGCCCGGCUCCCCUGUCAUGGUCACAUCACAUUCUGAUCUUUGGUCGUGGACCUCAUCUUUAGUUCUGUCCGCUGGCUCACCUGUGAGUGGGCUGCAGUGGAUUUGGGGUGGGCAGGGAUCCAUGCCAAGGGCUGGAUGUGGCAUGCUGGUGGCAGGACCAGGGAGGGUCCCCUUGGACACACGUGCCGGGGUGGGUGGCGGCUCAGCACAGCAGUUGAGGCUGGCCCCAGGACCAGGCUGAGUAUUUGCAGAGCAGAAGUGCUCUGUGUGGUUAAUUUGUAGUCGAUCACCCCAGUGCAGUUGGUUUGUAAUGGGUAAUUUGCCUCCUAAGGACGGCGAGCAGCUCUUGGAUGGCUUCGUUGGUGGCUUAUGAUGACUCGGACUCGGAGGCUGAGACGGAGCCUACGGGAGGUGUCUGUGCUGCCGGCCACACGACUGGCACUGGUGUGGCUGGUGCUCCUGGGCAGGCUUUUGCAGGAGAGGAAGCACUGCCCACAGAUCCUACUUCUUGGGGAGGCUCCAGGGAACAGCGCCUCCCACUGGCUCAGCUCGGGAGAGGCCAUCGGGGGUCUUGCCCCAGCCAGAGGCUACGAUGGCCCAGGAAGGAGCCGGAAAUCACCCUCCCUGCAAGCCACCUUUCUCGGUCUUCUCUGUGGACGAGCCACGUGCCGGCCAGCACCGUGCCCCUUGCAGCUGCCCGCCUAAAGCCAGUACAACUGUGCUGGGACACCCCAAGGUCAUCGUUCUGUGCUCAGAGUGAAUCUGAAGUGACAGGCAAGACUGCCAGCUCUUCCCAGAGGAAGAGGGCUGAGGACAGUGUCGUCCCCUAUAUCCCAAAGAGGCUACGGCAGCUGCAAGCGGCGAGCGCCGAAGCAGGCAAGGGUAAGGAUGUGGAGCCACCGCGUCCCCCUGCAGGCUGUGCCCCGGCCCCUUGCUGUGUGGCCCCGCACGUGUCGGAGUUCAUCCAGCCGUACUUGAACAGUCCGUAUAGAGAAACCCAGGUCCCCAGCAAAGUGCUCUUCCACCUGAGAGGCCACAGGGGUCCCGUCAACAGCAUUCAGUGGUGUCCAGUCCUUUCCAAGAGCCACAUGCUUCUCUCCACGUCCAUGGAUAAAACCUUCAAGGUGUGGAACGCCGUGGACUCGGGGCGCUGCUUGCAGACCUACUCCCUGCACAGCGAGGCAGUGCGGGCCGCCCGGUGGUCUCCCUGUGGCCGGCGCAUCCUCAGUGGUGGCUUUGACUUUGCCCUGCACCUAACAGACCUCGAAACAGGAACCCAGCUGUUCAGUGGGCGGAGUGACUUCAGAGUCACUACCUUGAAAUUUCACCCGAAGGACCCCAGCGUUUUUUUAUGUGGAGGCUUCAGCUCCGAAAUCAAAGCUUGGGAUGUGAGGACUGGCAAGGUGGUGCGAGGCUACAAGGCAACCGUCCAGCAGACCCUGGACAUCCUCUUCCUGCAGGAGGGCUCCGAGUUCCUGAGCAGCACAGACGCUUCGACCCGGGACUCCGCCGACCGCACCAUCAUCGCCUGGGACUUCGGCAGUUCGGCCAAAAUCUCCAACCAGAUUUUCCAUGAGAGAUACACCUGCCCCAGCCUCGCCUUGCACCCCAGGGAGCCUGUGUUCCUGGCACAGACCAAUGGCAACUAUCUGGCCCUCUUCUCCGCCGUGUGGCCAUACCGGAUGAGCAGGAGGCGACGCUACGAAGGACACAAGGUGGAAGGCUACGCCGUGGGCUGCGAGUGCUCCCCGUGCGGAGACCUGCUGGUGACGGGCAGCGCCGACGGCCGGAUCCUCAUGUUCAGCUUCCGCACGGCCAGCCGGGCAUGCACGCUGCAGGGGCACACGCAGGCCUGCGUCGGCACCACCUACCACCCGGUGCUGCCCUCCGUCCUCGGCACAUGCUCCUGGGGAGGCGACAUCAAGAUCUGGCACUGAUGCGGCUGGGCCCGCGGUGGGGGGGACGGGAGUGAGCACUGACGUUGGGCCGGUGCCGGGGAGGCUGACCCGCCCGGUUUCCGCAGAUGCACAGUGGGACCACGUUAGUCACAGCACCUGGCAGUGGCUGUCGCUGCCCAAUAAAGGCGAGUGUUUGCC